UUGUUAACAGCACAAUUGGGAAUCGAUACAACGAGUUUAUGAUAUGUACGUGGUCAUCGAUUGGCUUAUCAGGACUUUAAAGUGGUGCAUUGUUCUUAACUAUUCUAGGAGAGAACAUUGCUUGCUUUUAUAAUCUAGUUUUUAUUAGAAAAAUGCAGCUCAAAGAAGUCAGCAGAAGAACUUUGUUAGAAAAAGAAAAUCUUGUUCUAAUUUUUAUACUUUUUGCUAUUGUCUGUAUGAUUAUUCACGGGGAAACUCUAAUACAGAUUCCAAGGUAUUACACCAUUGAAAUUACUGACAACAACGGAAUAACAAAAUGGAUUUUCGUUAAAGAAGAAAAUCGUUUUGAUAGUUUUGCUAAAGGCGAAGACAACAAGUUUUGGGAACCUCCUUGCGUAGCUGAAGAUCAAAGUGAUGUAGUUACUGCACCAAUUGAAAUCAUGGAGGCAUACGAUGAAGAUGUCCCUGGAUCGUAUGAUUACCCCCCUCCAUUGAAAGAUAUUUUUAAUGACUCAACUAAUUAUGAGGAAAAUGACACUGAGUUAUUCAAUAUUAAAGACAUUUUAAUCCCCCGCGACACUACGAAAAGAGAGCCGAAUGUACUCAAUGACCAAGGUACUGUUUCAAAAGACGAUGAUGCAUAAUAUUCUAGUAAAGAAUUUGAUAAAUAGGCCGACGAAUACUUUUCGAUAUAUCAAAACGAUAAUCUUUCAAAUUUACAACAUCGAAUUUUAUCUAACUAAACUAAAUCCUGUGAUUGUAAUAAUUUGCCUAUGAAUUAUAUAGAAAGUUUGGGAUUUUAUUAUCAUAAGUGUACCUGAUUGAAUGUUUAUAUAUGGUGAUUAAAAUAUUUUUAUAUCCAAAUUGCAAAAUUUGGUGAGUGGCAAACCCAAUGCCAAUGAAGAAGUCAACAUCCAUUAUUUUCCUCAAUAUUAAUAUUUCAAUUAUUAUCUCAUAUGCUCAAAAUUUCUAAUUGUCGUAGACACCCCACUGUAACUAAAUUUAUUAAACGAUUUUUUGGUGCUUGCAAAGCCAUGACAUCUGUAACAAUCAGAUCUCAUGCUUACUAUAGAUUGUAGUGAAUUCAGUUUUGUAACCAUUUUGUUAAAACUUGGUAAUUUUGGUAUGGUAGUCCCUUGGUGCAUCGAAGUAAAUGGUACUCAAUAAAACUUUUGAUUUAGGAUAUAUACAUAUGAAUCGUUAUAAAUACUGAUGAUAUUUUUGUAAAUGAUGAGAAACACUCGUCUCAAAAACAUACCUCUUGCUCUAAUUGAUGGCAGCGAUAUAUAAUAAAAGGCAAAAAUGUGUUAUUCACGUUUGCGCACGUUUUUUCACGAACAAAAUGCAUGGAUGUCAUUGUUUAUUUAUCUGUAAUUCAGUGGUUUUAUGAGCAAAUCAACUUCUGAUAAAUUCAUAGUUUUGUAGUUGAUAUGUAUUGUGUAGUCGGUGACACAUUUGGAAGUAGCUGAGCACGCAUUAGUAAUGGUAUAUUAAUAUUUCAUUUCCACUAUGCUUUCCAUUCAUGCUUUUGAAAUACUAAGAAAUGUUUUCAACGAUGCAAGAAAUGAAUAAAAUCGAAUUAUGAAA